CGUCAUGCUUUGAUAGAACCGUUAUCGCUGCAAGUGGGGUUUAAUGUUUGCCUGCGGGGGUUCAUAGAUUCACACGGAUUGCCAGACGAGGGAAAGAUAUCCACGCUAAAGAUAUAGCAGAUAUAUCAAUUUAAGGCAUCCUCAUUUGCAUAUUAAAAAGUCCUCGAGUUUCAGCCGUCUGCGCACUUGUUGUUUUCUCCCGGCCCCCGAGUCUACCAAAGUAGUUUCCUUCAUGGCACUGUCACGUGUCAAGGAAUACAUCUCCCAUCCCUACGAGCAUCCAGGAGAGAGGAAGUUAGUACAGAAAUUAGGUGAGUACUAACCUGGCCAUGGUCGAUGGAAUAUAUAAUCGAUAUUGGACUAGAUAAAAUCACUAAUAACUAUAGACUUCUUCAUUUUGACGUUUUGUUGUCUAUCAUACUUCACGAAUUAUUUGGAUCGAUCCAAUUUGGCAAAUGCGUAUGUCAGUGGGAUGAAGGAGGAAUUGGAAUUCGUGGGCAAUCAAUACAAUCUUAUUAAUACCAUUUUUACUGUUGGGUAUGUGUUCAGUUUCUGUUGUACUUCCUCAUAGACCAUGUCCCAAGUGAUUCUGGUUGCCACCCUAGAUAUCAGCUGACGUAGACCUCGUUGAGAUUUCACUAUACCACCUGAAUUACGCCUAUUGUAUGAUUCUAUCAUACUAACAGCAUGCUAGAUACAUCAUCGGACAAAUCCCUAGUAAUUUGGCACUUUACUACAUCAAACCUCGCAUCUUCUUCCCUUCAAUGAUGGUUCUGUGGGGCUGCCUCACUAUGAUCACUGCAGCUGCUCACCAUCCUCGAGAUAUAAUGGCCAUUCGUUUCUUUCAAGGUCUUGCUGAGAGCACCACAUUUGUUGGUACACAUUAUAUCCUUGGAUCAUGGUACACUCCUCGCGAACUUGGAAAGCGCAGUAGCAUAUUCACUUCUUCCGGCCUUGCUGGUACUAUGUUUGGAGGCUUCAUUCAAACUGGUAUUCACUCAUCCUUGAAUGGUGCAAAGGGAAUGAGUGGCUGGCGCUGGCUUUUCAUCAUUGACGGACUUAUCACUCUUCCCAUUGCCCUCUAUGGCUUUUUCUUAUUCCCAGAUACACCUACCACCACCUCGGCGUUUUAUUUCACACCCAUCGAGCGUGAUCUUGCCAUAGCACGUGUUCCGGAAGUACCUGAACAUAGUCUCUUCAAGUUCUCGUUCUUGAAGACAGUCCUGACAUCAUGGUACUGGUAUGGUUUCGUAAUUCUAUGGGUCAUUGCCGGAGAAACCGAAUCAUUCUCCUCAAAUUCUUUACUUUCAUUAUACAUGAAAUCCACCAACAAAUAUACCGUUUCUCAACUCAACAAUUAUCCUACCGGCGUUCCUGCUGUCGGUAUUCUAUCUACUAUUUUCUGGGCGACCCUCACCGAUUUUCUCAACGGCAAACGUUACCUCGUAGCAUAUUUCAUUGCCAUAACCGGAAUGGCAACAUCCGCUAUGAUUCUCGCGACAUCGAAUGUUCCAACAAUAUUUGCAGCAUAUUACUGGGCCGGCGCUGUCUAUGCUUGUCAAGCCACUUUCUUUGCAUGGGCAAAUGAAGCUAUGAGAUUUGAAACUGAUGCAUUGAGGGCAAUAGUAAUAGCGAGUAUGAAUUGUGGUAGUAAUGCCGUGAAUGCUUGGUGGAGUUUAUUAUUUUACGGUGCGGACGAGGCACCUAGGUUUACGAAGGGUAUGUGGGCUAUGAUUGGAACGUGUAUCGCUAUGGCCAUUUGGACAACAAUUUUAUUGUUAGGCCUUAAACGAGUAGAAAGGAAAAGAGGGGCUGGUGCUGUGGUAGGAAGAAACCAAUUUGGAAGUGGUGAUCUGGAGGUGAUUGCGAGUGCUAGAGAGCAUCGUGAUAGUAAGGCGUAGCGAUAUUAAAUUUUCACUUCCUGCCGCCUCGUCAAUAUCCAAUGUCGAUCUAUAGUAGUUUAAUCGGAAUAAUUUACUAUACUCAGGAGUCAUCAUAGAAAUCCGGACUUAGAGGUAGAUUAUCUUUCAGAGAUACAAAGCGCUUCGAUAUUAGAUUAGGAAAUACUAAGAUUAUCUUUUUUCUCUUAAACUCGUUGACAUGUAUUAUAAGACGGGUAUAUAUAUACUAUGUAUACUUUUUAAAUAUUUUAAAUCCUUAAAUGACUUUUUUAUUAUAUAAUUUAUUUUAAAAAUAGUCAAUACUCAAUAAUUAUUGAUUUAAAACUCAGUUUAAUUUUAUUUGGAUUAAUUUAUUAAAUCUAAUAUUUUUAU